AUACCAAAUUUCCUCCCUUACCUUGGCCGGCCAUGCACCUAGAUAUAUCCAUUUCACUUUUUAUUUUUUUUCAUUUUUCUCUCCUCCCCUCUCUUUGCUGUCCAUCACCUUGCUCCUCCGUUUUUCUCUCUUUUUCCUUCCAUUUCAACACCUAAGUCAUCAUUUUCUUCUCAUUUCUCCUCCACUCCACCACUACCACAUAAGGCCGUCGCACCUCCACCUCACCACCAUCCCUCCUCCGUCGUCGCUACGUCGUCGCACUGCCGUCAUGUCGCCACUGCCAACCACCACCGAAAGUUCCCGAUUUUCUUCUUUUCUCCUCUUUUCUGACGAAUCCUCCUCUUUAAUCAAUAUUUCGUGGGAAGUGUUGAGCCUUUUUUCCUCCAUUAUUACAGGCUCGAGAAUUAAACUCUUCAGUUGGAAGUUGGAAUUGGAAUCCUUGCGAUUGGAUUUGCAAAGUCAGUAUAUCUGCAAUUAUCUGGUGGCUCGACCACAAUAUCCAGUUUCUAGCAACUCGACUACACUAUCUGGUGGCUUGUCCAUAAUAUUGGUGUGUUAUUGGAUGGACGAGUUCUGGGAAACUCAUUAUGGUGUGUAGCGGAGAUGGGUAGGAUCUGUUUUAUGAAAUAUUUGCACUGAUUUUAAAAAAAAGUUGCAUUUACAUCGUCAUUAUGCAUUCUGAUAAAUGUGAUUAUGUGAACUGAAUAUUGUAUGAAUAUGAUCUGCUUAAACUAAUGUUAUUACAUGUUAA